AUGAACUUGAAAGGCACUGCAUUCGGAGCAACACAGACAUAUGGCGCGUUGCAACUUGCCGCGUGCCACGGAAACAUAUUGGCUGCCCGGUGCCUCCUUGCCAAAGGCACGGAUGUGAAUAGCUACCACGAGCUCUUCGGAUAUCCGCUCUAUCUUUCGGCAUAUUAUGGGCAUGGUGAGAUUGUUCAGCUGCUGGUAGAGAAUGGCGCUGACGUUCAUGUCGCCGGUAACCUGGGAUCGAUUUUGGAAGCUGCAGCUGACCAGGGCCAUCAAGAUGUUGUCCGAUAUCUCCUUGGCACUGAAUUGGGGAAAAGUCCUCACCAUGUGAACAAAUCAUUCAUGUCAGCAUGCAAAGGUGGCCACCUUAGCAUUGUCAAAGGAUUGCUGUCGCACCCGUUCACCGAUAUCAACUUCUGCUUUCAAUACCGACAAACUUGCAAAUUUCCCCUCAGUGUCGCGAUAGAACAUCGCCAAAGAGAGAUAUCCAAUUUCCUCUUGACACAAAAGGGUAUAUCACUGAGCACACACUUUAAAGGUCCAUACGAACAUUCGCUUUACAAAGCUGCAGAACUUGGGUGGGCGGAUACGUUGCAAAUUAUUCUCGGGUUCAACUGUGUCGACCCAAAUGCAAGGAGCCGCGACACGGGUGCGAGUCCGCUUCUAGUGGCUAUUCAACAGGGGCAUGAGCACAUCGUGCGCAUUCUUAUUGACAGGGACGAUGUUCAACCCUUUACUUUCCAUGAGCAGGAGCCAUUGUUCGGCGCUGGAAAGCAUUGUCCCAUACGGCGGGCCAUUCUCGGUGACCAUGGAGGCAUCUUGAACCUCCUACUUGAUCGCUACAAUAUCAGCCCGAAUACCGCACUGAGACCUCACUGGUCAAUAUUACGGACAGCAUGUGCCGCAGACCGGGAAUCAACAGUCAGAUCACUACUCCAGCGGGUGGACAUAGACCCAAACUAUAGGAUGAAUCAUGAAACCGACGCAGCACCACUUUACACAGCCUGUGAUCGAAAUCACUCCUCUGUCAUCCAAGCUCUACUAAACGACAGGCGUACAGACCCCAAUCUUCCCUUUGACAAGACAUCACCCUUGUGGCGGACCCUCCUUCAUCAAUGCGAGCAGUACACGCCACUGCUCAGAUCGUUCCUGCGCCACCCAGAGCUCAGGUUGGAUAUCGAAAUCCCAACAUCUGACUCGGUCUAUCACUACCACUAUGAGUUCGGAGUUGUGGAUAUGGUCAAACAACGACCGGGAGCUGAUCUUCUGCCAAGGCAUGACGACGAGGUGGAUCGUUGGUACGAUGUGGUUGCUCGUGGCGACACCGAGGAGGUCAAGAAACUCGUCGAAUCCGGGGAACUGGACCCCAACUGCGCCAUUGGAGAGGAUGGCGAGCCUGGUGCUCCAUUACGCCGCGCGGUAUUGUCUGCUGCUCGAGAGACUGUUGAGUUUCUGCUGUCUCUGCCACAAACUGACGUGAAUGCUGGGUUGAGCGGCUCCGCAUUGUCAAUUGCCGCCAAUGAAGACGACAUCCAAAUGAUGGAUCUACUGCUCAGCGACCCAAGAGUUGAUCCGAACUACCAAUCACCAAAGAUGGAGGGAUACAGAGUGGAGUAUCCUGAAGCGAUCGGGGAGGGGAUAGGGUUCGUUGGGUACAAGUUACAGAAGGGACAUACUGGGGAUGAAACACCGCUUUUGAUUGCUGCCAAGAGGGGGCAUCUCUCGGCAGUGCAAAGGCUAUUGGAUGACAAGCGAGUCAAACCAGCGGUACGGGACCUGCAAGGGAGGACUCCGCUGUGGUGGGCGUGCCACUACCGUCACGCCACCGUUGUCCAAGCACUUCUCAACACUGCAGAUCCGGGUGUCAACAUACAAGACGUCUGGGGAUGGGCACCUCUGGCUGUUGCCGUAAAUACCAGCCGUAUUGACAACGUGAUCCUGCUGCUGGAGAAAAAUGCCCAGGUAUCACCCGAGAUACCUUCCAGCUCAUACGCAAGGCCGCUCCAUCUUGCGAUCCAGGGGGGGGACGAAGCCAUAGCGCAGGAGCUAUUGAAGGAUCCCACAAUCGAUGUGAAUCAAAGGUUGUAUACAGAUUCAGAUAUGGCGCGGCCCUGGAAUCCUACACCGCAGGAGGCGGCUUGGAGCACAAGGUUUGCUGCCAUUACGACGAUGAUUCGUGACUAUGAGGACCAGCACAUUAUAAUGGAACAGCGAGAGGAUCAAAUCACGGCCAUUUGA